GGCUUAUUAUCUCAUGCAGAAGCCCGGACAGUCGGUUAGGUCCUCCCACCGGUGUCUGGCUAUUUAUACGAUUAGAACCGCAGCCGUGGGUCGUGAUAACAGGACGCGGCUUGGACACAGAGAUUUAUCACAACGCGUGCCGGCUCUGGCCCAGGCUGCAGCCAUGCCUCUUCUGGAAGAGACCACUCUGCCACAAGAGCACCCACCCACUGUCCCUGUGGUCAUUAUAGGCAAUGGCCCAUCCGGUAUUUGUCUGUCCUACCUGCUGAGUGGACAUAAGCCGUACCUUGAUACAGCAACAGUUCACCCAAACCCGAUACUAUACAGGAAACUACAGGAGUCCAAGGAACUAUCCAUCACUGAACAGGAUCUAGAAUAUUUGAGCGAAGGUCUCGAGGGGAGGUCAAGGAACCCGGUGGCUGUGCUUUUUGACACACUUCUGCACCCCAAUGCUGACUUUGGCUACGAGUUCCCCCCAGUCCUUCAGUGGAUGAGGGACAAGCAGCAACACGUCCCACAUCUUGUUCUGGGGAGGGCAACGCCUGGAGGUGCUUGGCCUGCAAUGGAAGGCUCAAUGCUGACUAUUAGUCUUGGCAUCUGGAUGGAGCUUCCUGGGGUUAACUAUAGGGACUUGACUAACGGGAAACGCAGAGAUGUAACCAGUGACAGAGCCACCCCAGAGGAGAUCUCGUCCUAUUACCGUAACUAUGUGAAGCUUAAGGGCCUCCAAAAUAAUUUUGUUGACAACACCUACGUGACAUCUGUUCAGAAACUCUGCCGGGGGCAGGAGGGGGAAGGUCUGGAGAAUAGGCACACUGAUCAAGGAGAUGAAGGGGUGGGAGAUGGUGGGAAUCAAGGCUUUGAGGGUAAUGGGGUUGACAAGGGAGGAGGGGGGACUCUUUGGGAAGUAAGGGGGUACCAGCAGGUGCAGAGCGACACUCAUGUCCCCUUCUCUCUGUUUGCUGAAAAUAUCGUUUUGGCCACCGGUGCGUCCGAUUCUCCGGGUCACUUAGGCGCAGAGGGGGAGGACCUUCCAUUUGUAUUCCGCAGCAUCUCAGACCUGGGUUUGGCCAUAAGCCGGAGAAAACUGGAUAUGAACUCUGAUCCAGUUUUAAUCGUAGGUGCCGGUUUGAGUGCUGCAGAUGCAGUUCUUUGCGCUUGUGGGAGCAACAUUAGAGUGCUGCAUGUCUUUCGUAAGAGCGUGGACAACCCAGACCUCAUCUUCAAACAGCUGCCCAAGACCCUGUACCCUGAGUACCACAAAGUCUACAACAUGAUGUCCUCUCAGACCUACACUAACGUGGCUCCCUCCUCUGCUUCAGACAGACCCCUUCCUGUCUACACAAGUUUCCCUGAACACGGCGUGGUGUCCUUCCAGUCUGACAUGACGUGUUUGCUGCAGGGGAACGACUCCCUCAAGGCAUUCAAGAUCUCCAUGGCCCUAGUGCUGAUUGGGACCAACCCAAACUUGUUUUUCUUGAAGGGGAAUGGCCAGUACCUAGGUCAGGAUCCAACAAAGCCCAUCUCCUGUACACAGAACCCCAUUGACGUUCACCCCUACACUUAUGAGUGUGCCAAUGAACCAGGUCUCUUUGCCAUGGGCCCGCUGGUGGGAGACAACUUUGUUCGCUUUUUGAAGGGUGGCGCUUUAGGCAUCGCCUCGUGUCUUCUAAAGAGACUCAAGAAGAAAGAGAAGCUCAUCAGCAACGGAGGGAAUAACUUCAUUUGAAACACAAUGGAGAAAAGAGCGGUACCAGUUGGUCCCAUAGAACAGAAUAAAAGCGCCCAUACCAGCUGAAGCAGAAAACAAACAUUUUAAUGUUUAAAUCAUUUAGGCAGUUUUUUCAUCAAAGCUAAGGAAUUUGUACAACUUUCUGAGACCAAAAAGACAAUGGAUGUACAAUAAUUAGUUUCUAAAGAAACAAAACUUUUAAGAGUCCUGUCUGACUUCAUCAGAAGUCCCCAUAAGUCCAUGUGCCAAGGUUUUUUCAGUCAAUCUGUAACCUCACAACUAAAUGGGAGCUUUAUUUUCAUCAGGGUUAUUUAUUUGUUCACCACGUGUCUUUCAAUUCAUUUAUUAACAAUAGUUGUGUUUCUGCCAUAUCACACUUUAAGUCUUAUUUUAGCUUUAUAUGCUCCAAAAUAGAGGCCACUGCGCUCAUUUGCCAUGUAACUUAUGGCUUAUAGUUAACAACCUGGAGUGGUGAGUUUUUUGCAAUUGUAAACGCACAAAAAAUCUAUCUCAGAACUAAGCAAUCUCAAUGUUCCUGAUUAUUCUGAGCCAUUUAACUUCAGGAUUCUUUGUUAAGGGUGCUAUUGUAGGUAGUUGGAGCCAUAUACCUGAAAAGUUAGAAAAGUUGAAUAAAAAUGAAAUGAUGCUUAAGUGCUACUUUCUAUGCAAACAAUUCACUUUCAGAUCUGAACGUAUUCUUGGACCAUUUACAUAAUGACUAGAAUAUAGUUAAACACUUCUUCCAAUACAUAUUUCUAAGACACAAUGCAGGUAAUUUCCUAAAUCACAUGAUGGAUUUAAGAAGGAAGACUUCUAGUUUUAAUUGAUAUCUUACAAUUAUUUUGGCUUUGGUUUAUUGAUAUUGCCCAACUCUAUGAGUGACUACAUGUGUGUAAAUAAAAAAAAAUCUUCUUCCAUUUUUCUAAGAGAGCUUCACAGCAAGCAGCCAUGUUUUGUUUUGAGCAGUUUUGUUUUUUAGAGGUUAUGAGCAGAGACAGUAGCAAUCUAUUCUUUAUUCACAGCUUUUUCUUUUCUUUAAAUCAUUUGAAUAGUGUUUGCAAAAGUGUGAUGCCCUAUUGAACACAUAUGUGUAUGUGUGAGUGUGAUGGUCAUGCUCAUGGUUUGUUUGUUCUGAUCUGAUCAUUUACAUUUUUGGUCAACCCCCUUUAAUUCAAAAUGUUAGUCAGAGUCAGUGUUGGGGGUUUAAUGCAUUACUAAUAUACACGUUGCUGUAGUCACAUUACUUUUUUCACUAACAAAGUUAAUAUUUUAACACAUUACGGAAAACGCUUUAGUAAUCAUAUAACAGUUAACUAAUGAACAUGUUGUUACUUAUGUUAAAAAUUGCAUUUUAUUCCUUAAUGCUUUAUUACUGACUAUUGUUUUGAUACGAAUAUAAAAUAUAUGCAUGCAGGCAUGAACGAUUGCCUAGCAGCAGCUGCUCUGAACAGAAUACAGACCUGUGCUGUAAGGACAGGCGUAGGACAUCAUAGGACAGCGGGGACAGGGUGACUAAAAGUGGAAUUAACUCUUAUUACUGUUAUUAAAUAUAAUCAAUGUUAGACAGUACUCUCCAAAAGCAAUAUUCUCGCUUAAUAAAGAUUAAUGCCCCAAGCAGUGUGUGUGUAACCAAAUAAUUAACAUUUAAAUGCAGAUUUGUAAGAAUCUUAGAAAGCAGGAAAAGCUGCUCUAUUAACCAAGUAAUUAGUAGAUGAUCCUAUUGUAAUUUGGGGUGAUUUUGGCACUGUGAUGCCCAUUUCCUUGCUGCAGUAAAAUAAAGUAAAUUCUCAACUCAUAUGUGGCACUUGCCUUGAAUAUGAAUAGACAAGUGGGCUUUGUCUUCACAGAAAGGCCCAUCAUUGUUUUGGCAUGAAGUGGAGUCACCUGCACAGUUUUCAGAUCUGUAAAAAUGCCUGCAGGCUCAUCGGAGAUCUUUAAGGAACAGCAGCUUGAAUCCAUAAUAAGUUUCUAGUUUAGCUAAAACUAAGGGAUACCUGCGUUCAGCAUGUAGAGUUGUAAUGCUCUCUUGUACAAAUAAAGAGUUUUUAAUGUUUUGUAAAUCGCAUUUUUUAUUAUUGACAAAUAAAACUUUGAGAAAAAAAUUCUCUGAACAUGAGACUCUUUUGUUACAUUUCUCUCUGUCGACUGUUUCAUUAGUGACAUACAAUACCAAACAUUGGCAAACAUUUCUGAUCCAUUUGAUCAGUUCUGAAGAAGUUAUAGUU